AUGUCAGCAACUCCAGACGCCGGUCUCCCACGCACGUCUACGACAAGUCUCAAGAAAGGUCUCGAGAUUCUAGGGGUAACACCUUGUUUUCACCUCGGAGAUCCUCCAGCUCCAAUCUCUCGCGUCAAAGAAAGUGCAAGAGUAUUUGCGAUUCAAGACCGCAAUGAGAGGCUUAAGGCGUUGAAGAAGCUGUACGAUGGCUUUGAAGCUGUCUUUGAACCACCCGCUAGCGCUCUCGUCGAUGACAUGCUCACGAUCUACCCCGACGCAAAGGUCAUCCUCUUCUUCCGCAAAAAUCCGCAGGUCUGGCUCGCGUCUUACUACGGCCUGGGUAUUGAUCUUCGCUCAAAGUGGUACCGCAUCCUAGGCUACUGGAUCCCCGGCGUUAUUCACUCCAGCGACCUUAUCGUAGCCUGGUCGAAAUACUACGCUGAGAAAUUCAACCUCGAGCAAGUCCCCUCGGAGGAACUGUACCAUAGGCAUAACCAGUGGGUUCACGAUAUUGUGCCUCCCGGGCAAUUGCUCGAGUACCAACCGAGUAUGGGAUAG